GUGCGGUUGGCAGCAGGGACACCGGGGAGGUGACCGGAGGUGACCGAGGCCCUGGGCAGGCUCAGCAGGGCAUGUGGGAGGCAGGUCCUGGCUGUGUGAGGGUCAGAGCCCCGGCAGGCUUUCCUGCUGUGUGGAUGCUGGUGGGGAGUGGACACUGCCCACGGGGGGUUGGAAAAGCAGGGCCAGGGCUCUGAGUGGUUCCGCCCAAUAGGUGCUGGGUGUCCAGUGUUGGACGCAGCACCCCCUCAAAUUCAUUCUGCGAUCUUAUCAGGGACUUCGUGGACCUUUCCUCCACUUCUAGAUGAUUUCCUGUCUUUUGAGUAUUAACAGAGUUCCUCUUCCUUGUUUCUUUCCACCCUUAAACCAGGAGAGACCGAAGAGCCCACUGUAGGAAUCAGAGACCCUGUCUACCUGUGUUUGUUGUCUCUUCUCGGGGAAAAAAAAAUCUUUAAAGUGAAAAGUAAAGACAAUUUCUGCUUGUAAGAACUACUUCACUUACUGAGCCAGAGAUUUAGCUCAGUGUUGCUGCUUAAGGUCCCGAGUUCAAUCCCUGGUACCAAAAAAGACCUAUUUAGCUUUCAGUAAGAGGAAGCAACCACAUCUUUAGCUUGGAGGGUGUCUUAAGGCUCUAGCAGAAGAGCGAGUUAGGAGAGAGGCUGUGUGUGAAAGGUCUUUUGUGGGUGGCCGAGCGAGCGUCUCCUGUGGCUUGGGAGCUGCCAGGUGGUUCAGGGAGGGCGGGACAGGAGUCCGGGGCCACCAGGACUUUGUAGACACCUUGUGCCUUUGAGCUUUCCUGGCAUCGAUCCCGUUUCCAAAUAUUUUGAAUAAGAAUACACCAGAACAUACGAGAAACUGUUGUCUGCUAAUCUGAAACUUUCACAGUCACCUGGGACACUUGUUUUAAACAGUGACUAAAAAUAAAAGCAGGCUUUCCGGGCCUGGACACCGGCCGCCGGCUGGAGCAGAGCAGCCAGGUCUGGAUCUGGAACUGGGUCUGGAGCGGUCGGGCUGGGAGGCGGAGCACCGAGCACCAAGCACUGAGCACGAGCACUGAUCGACUGCGUCCCGGAGACGACUUGCAGACAGGGUGUGGGAGGCAGGACUCCUUGAGGUGGAUCUGGGCACAGUGCAGCCGCUCUCUCUUAUUUCCACAGCUCUGAAGGAGCUGAGUGAAGAGCCAGUGCUGAUACAGCAGCUUCACCCGGCAGCGGGCACCACAGCCUGAGGCUGAGGCAGGAGGGUGGCCCGUGAGUUCAGGGCAGCCUGGAUUGCUGCACAGCAGGGCCUGGCUCAGAGAGCAAACGGAGAAAAAAAAAGGCAAAACAAGAUCUUUCUCUGAGUAACGGUGAGCCCCAGGCAGCAUGGGAGACUGGAGCGCCCUCGGGAAGCUGCUGGACAAGGUCCAGGCCUACUCCACAGCAGGCGGCAAGGUGUGGCUGUCGGUGCUGUUCAUCUUCCGCAUCCUGCUGCUGGGCACCGCGGUGGAGUCGGCCUGGGGCGAUGAGCAGUCGGCCUUCCGUUGCAACACGCAGCAGCCGGGCUGCGAGAACGUGUGCUACGACAAGUCCUUCCCCAUCUCGCACGUGCGCUUCUGGGUGCUGCAGAUCAUCUUCGUGUCGGUGCCCACGCUGCUGUACCUGGCGCACGUCUUCUAUGUGAUGCGCAAGGAGGAGAAGCUGAACAAGAAGGAGGAGGAGCUCAAGGUGGCGCAGACGGACGGCGCCAACGUGGAGAUGCACUUAAAGCAGAUCGAGAUCAAGAAGUUCAAGUACGGCAUCGAGGAGCACGGCAAGGUGAAGAUGCGCGGCGGCCUGCUGCGCACCUACAUCAUCAGCAUCCUGUUCAAGUCGGUCUUCGAGGUGGCCUUCCUGCUCAUCCAGUGGUACAUCUACGGCUUCAGCCUCAGCGCCGUCUACACCUGCAAGCGCGACCCCUGCCCGCACCAGGUGGACUGCUUCCUGUCCCGGCCCACCGAGAAGACCAUCUUCAUCAUCUUCAUGCUCGUGGUGUCCCUGGUGUCGCUGGCCCUCAACAUCAUCGAGCUCUUCUACGUGUUCUUCAAGGGCGUCAAGGACCGGGUCAAGGGCCGGAGCGACCCCUACCACCCGGCCGGCGGCCCCCUGAGUCCUUCCAAGGACUGUGGCUCCCCCAAGUACGCCUACUUCAACGGCUGCUCCUCGCCCACCGCGCCCCUGUCGCCCAUGUCGCCGCCCGGGUACAAGCUGGUGACCGGGGACAGGAACAACUCCUCCUGCCGCAACUACAACAAGCAGGCCAGCGAGCAGAACUGGGCCAACUACAGCGCCGAGCAGAACCGCAUGGGUCAGGCAGGCAGCACCAUCUCCAACUCCCAUGCCCAGCCCUUUGACUUCGCUGACGACGCCCAGAAUGCCAAGAAGGUGGCGGCUGGGCCUGAACUCCAGCCCCUGGCCCUAGUGGACCAGCGGCCAUCCAGCAGGGCCAGCAGCCGGGCCAGCAGCCGGCCGCGGCCUGACGACUUGGAGAUCUAGGCCUGGCCCCGGGGCGGCGGUGUGGAGAGACAGGAGGAGCGCGCCGGGGCUCUUGUUGGGCCAGGGGCAGCCGGCGGCUGCGAUGCAGACUGGCUUAGCACCGAGGUUCUGGGGUGCGGGGGGAGGAGGCGCGGCUGGUUCUGACCUUGUGGAUUCCGUGGGUUUCGGCCCUGGCUUGCGUAGUGGGUAUAGAUAGGUAAGGGCUUUUCCUCCCCAUACCCCGGGCGCCUCUGAGUGUGUGAAAGGGUGGCUGGUGAUUGUGGCUACAUAUAUCUUUUUAACCUUUGUUUUACCAAGAAACUGAAGUGCCUUUGGCCAGGAAUAAACACUUCCUGAACAUCUUGCUUCUUUUCAAGAAGAGAAAGAUGGAAGACUGUGCACGCCUUGUGCCUCCGCUGAAACAUUCCGUGUCAUUUUGCACUUGGAGGGCGCUUUCCAGGCCAACCGGUGGUGUCGUGGGCUUUUGCAACUCCCUUUUGAGGUAUUUUUUAAACUUCUGGUGUCAUUUAAAAGUGCAGACAAGGCCCACAGAGCAGGCUCUGCCACACACGCCCCUCCACCCCAUGCACACCCAUCCUGACAGGGUUUCUCGUGGCCCCACCCACACCCCUGGAGGCUCUUUACCCUGGGAAGCGUCAGGCGUCCUGGGCACUUUCCUGAGGUCGUGUUGGGGACACAAAAGCCACACCUGGCACCUGCCAGUCACGCGUGUGUGUGUUUGUGUGUGCGCGCGCGCACGAGUGCUCUGUUUCUCAUGCAUUGGUACAGACAGGUGCAGCACAGGCUGGGAAAUGAUGCAGGCGAACCUUCCUCAUGGCCACGAUGGGCCGUGCCCUGUUUACAUUGUAAGGCUCCUACCGUGUGGCAAAGCACACUUUUGCUAAAAUGUUUUCCCCACUAUCCUGUUGUGGAUACUGGCUUUGUUGAUUAUAAUUCCUUUUCUCUUUUUUUUUUUUUCUUUUUAGAAUGUAGCAGUAAUGCUAUUACCGAAAUGAAUGGUUUCCUUUUUUCUGAAAUAUAAUCAUCGAUGCUUGAAUGAUAGGAUUUUAGUACUGUAAACAGGCUUUAGUCAUUAAUGUGAGAGGCAGGAGGCUUGGGGGGCACUGUCACUCAGUGUCCCUAGGAGGAGGGCAGUAGCUGGUGUCCUCUUCGUGGCCUCCUUAACACACAGUCCAGGACCGGUCCUCUGUCCAUACUCGUCUGGGCGGCUGGGGCUACAGGAGAAGCUGAGAGCUUUGGGGAGAGCGCGUGUAACUAAUUUAUUUGAACUGUAUGCUAGAGACAUCGACCAGUUUCAAGUGCCUUUUUGAAACUCAUCCCAAGCAAACGGUGAAAGUCCGAGGUUCCUACUUUUCUUCUCCCGCAUCAACCACAUCAAACGGUUUCGGGCAGCGGAGAAGCCUGGUGCGUUUGACAUUCCGUGUUACACCGCUGUGUGUCCUGCUGCCUUGCGUGUGACGCAGACCUGGCCCAUCAGACUGUGUGUUCUGGAGUGUUCUUUAUUCAAUAAAGUUUUAAUUUAGUAGAAA